AUGGCUCCGUACAUGGGCUGGCCGCCUUCAUCAGGGGUCCUGACGCCGAACACCGAGCCUACCACUCCACGAGCUGAGCAUGCAGAGCCCAUACACAACAAUUAUACCUCGGAGGACAUAGCAGUCGUGGGUAUGGCCUGCCAUUUGGCAGGAAACAACAAUAGUCCUGAAGAUCUCUGGAAAUACAUCCUCGAGCAAAAAGUUGCAUCGGGUGAGAUCCCUCCACUUCGGUGGGAGGCAUAUUCCAGACGAGACCCAAGGAAUGCCAAGAUUCUCAAGGAUACAACAUCCAAAGGAUACUUCCUCCAGAACAUUGAAGACUUCGAUUGCAGCUUUUUCGGUAUCUCACCAAAGGAAGCGCUUUUGAUGGACCCACAGCAGCGAAUCUCCCUCGAAGUAGCAUGGGAAGCUCUUGAGGAUGCAGGCAUCCCGCCUCAAAGUUUAGCAGGGUCCAACACAGCCUGUUUCAUGGGCAUCAACAGUGACGACUACGCCAAGCUCCUGUUGGAAGAUCUUCCAGGUGUUGAAGCCUGGAUGGGAAUCGGCACGGCGUAUUGCGGGGUUCCGAAUCGAAUAUCAUACUUGUUGGAUCUGAGAGGUCCUUCGACGGCUGUUGAUGCUGCUUGUGCUUCUUCUCUUGUGGCUAUACACCAUGGAAGGCAGUCCCUACUAGCUGGCGAGACUGACCUCGCUAUCGUUGGUGGAGUCAAUGCCAUGUGUGGCCCAGGACUUACACGAGUCCUCGACAAAGCCGGUGCUAUCUCCAAAGAUGGUACAUGCAGAUCUUUUGAUCAUGAAGCCAAUGGGUACGGACGAGGUGAAGGUGCUGCUAUUGUCAUCUUGAAGAGACUAAACGAUGCUCUCCGAGACAGCGACAACGUCUUAGCAGUCCUCAAAGGGUCUGCCGUCGGGCAAGAUGGCCGCACAAAUGGGAUCAUGGCGCCAAAUGGCGUGGCCCAAGAAGCUGUGGCUCGUACUGCUCUCGGAAAGAUCAAUCCCCUCGGUAUCCAAUAUGUCGAAGCUCACGCCACAUCAACAUCUGUUGGUGACCCGGUCGAGAUCACAGCCAUGUCAAACUUGUAUGGCAAGAAUAGAUCAACGGAAGCUCCUUGCUACAUUGGCAGCGUAAAGCCCAACGUUGGCCAUUUAGAAGCUGGUGCUGGUGGUGUCGGCUUCAUCAAAGCCGUUCUCGCCCUCCGACAUGGUGUUAUCCCCCCUCAAGCAAAUUUGAAAAGUCUCAACCAUAAGAUCGACUGGGCAAAUGCUGGUAUCAAGGUCCCUCAGGAGAUCAUCGCAUGGCCAUCAGUUGAAGGGACAAAGAGAGCCGCCAUCUGCUCGUACGGCUACGGAGGGACUGUCUCCCAUGCCGUCAUCGAGCAAGCUCCACCUGUCAUGCGAAUGAAGUCCGCAUACAGACAACAUGACGAACCAACCAUCCUCCUUCUGAGCUCGACACACGAGAAGCGAAUUCCGAAAUAUGCCAGCGCUCUCCAAGUAUGGAUGACCGGAAAUGGUGCAGACAUCUCUUCCGCUUCAAUUGGAGCCACCCUAGCGGCACGUCGUGGCCACCACGACUUCAGAACUGCAAUCAUAAGUCAAACUCGCCAAGAUACCACUGAGCUUCUGAGCUCAUAUGCUGCCGGUACCAAAAGCAAUCAACUCAUUACAAGUCGAGUCAUGGAUAAAGAUGACACACGAGUAGUCUGGAUGUUCUCGGGCCAUGGCGCACAAUGGGCAGACAUGGGUAAAGAGCUCCUUGCGAACGAACCUGUCUUCCGCAGCGUCAUCGAAGAUCUCGGACCAAGAAUCCAGUCAGAGGCAGGUUUCUGCCCCAUUCAAGCUCUGAGCACAGGCGAUAUCGCGAGCACCGACAAGGUUCAAGUCUUGACUUAUGCCGUGCAAGUUGCUCUUGCUUCCUUCCUGGAGUCUAAGGGUGCAAAGCCAGAUGCGAUCAUCGGUCAUUCAGUUGGCGAGAUUGCUGCAGCCGUAGUGGCAGAAGCCCUUACUCCCGAUGAAGGCGCGACUAUAGUGUGUAGAAGAGCCAUGCUUUACCGACAGGUCAUGGGACAGGGAGCAAUGUGUCUUGUCAAUCUGCCAAUUUGCCAAACCUCGCAGAUACUCGAGGGUCGACUUGAUAUCUGGCCUGCGAUCGACUCUUCUCCAAACUCGUGUGUCAUAGCUGGAUCGGUGGCAGCUGUCAAGGAUUUCUCGGUAAUUUGCGAAAAGGAGAAGAUCAAGAUCUUUCAGGUCAACUCUGAUGUUGCAUUCCAUACUCCACUGCUCAAUCUACUGGCUGAGCCUCUCCUGGACGCGUUGAGAGAUAUUACCCCCAAGGCGCCAUCCAUUCCUCUGUACUCGACAGCCACUAAAGAUCCACGAGAGCAGGCUCCGAGAGACGGUUGUUAUUGGCUUCAAAACACACUCUCUCCCGUAUUGUUGAAGUCUGCUGUCCGAGCUGCAGUGGAUGACGGCUACCGAAUCUUCAUGGAAGUCUCAAGCCACCCCGUCAUCUCGCACUCAAUCAACGAGACAGUCAUGGACAUGAACAUCGAAGAGUAUCUCGUGACACCAACUCUCCUUCGCGGCAAACCAGCUCGACUUUGCCUAGCAAAAGCUCUUGCGGCACUCUGGAGCAAAGGUGUGUCCAUUGAUUGGAAAGCCUACUUCAGCGGAGUCGAGUGGGCGAAAGACGUCCCCAAAACACAGUGGCAACAUACAUCAUACUGGAAAAAAGUCGACGCUGGAACGGGAUCAUCUAGCCAAGUUCAUGAUGUUGAUAGUCACAGCCUCGUCGGUCAAUGCAUUCCUGUGGCGGGAGAAUCCAAAACCAUCUUCACGACGAAACUUGAUGAAGAGACAAAGCCAUUUCCUGGAAAGCAUCCUUUACACGGCACUGAGAUCGUUCCCGCAGCUGUGCUGUUCAACACCUUUUUGGCUGCCACCGGAUCUCGAACGCUGAGUAAUAUCCACCUGAGAGUACCUGUUGCAAUCAGUGCUCGAAGGGAUGUGGAAAUAAUUGUUGAUGGAGAUUCUGCUCGCAUUAUGUCCAGACUCAUCCCAAAUAGCACCGAGAAGGUGGAUAGCGAUGUCGGCUCGUCUUGGCUGACACACACCACUGCAAACACAAAGUCUGAUGGAGCCAUAGAAGGCGGAUACCUCGACAUCUCAGACAUUGAGUCUCGAAUCAAAGCAGAACUCAGGCCUUCAUUCACAAUUGACUACCUCCUCAAUGUUGGCGUCCCAGAGAUGGGCUUUCCCUGGAAAGUAACUCGACACCUCGGAAACACAGAAGAAAUGCUUGCUCGAGUCGACGUCUGCCCAAGCAUCAAAGAUGAGGAUGCCUUUCUAUGGAACUCGAGCUCAUGGGCCCCAGUCUUCGAUGCAGCAACCUCGAUUGGCUCAACUAUCUUCUUCGAGACACCUCGUCUUCGCAUGCCAGCUCAAGUCGAUGAAGUGACCGUCUUCCAAGAUGCUACACCUCCCAAAAUUGCGUUCAUCUAUGUCCAGAGAUCGAAGACCGACCUCGCAUCGGAUGUCAUAGUUUCAGCUGAAGACGGUCGCAUUCUGGCUAAGUUCACGACAAUGAGAUUUGCCGAGAUUGAGGGCACGGUAGGAAGUGGUGGCAGAUUCGACGAACUCAUCCACAGUGUCGCUUGGGUUCCUGCUCGGUUGGCCGAAACAGCCCUCCCUCUAAACCGAGUCGUAAUUGUUAGGCCAGAAGAAGACCACCUCGUGAAGAAGUAUAUGCGUCAACUCUCCAAGCGAAAAACUGCAGCAGUUUGUACCACCGUUGAAAAGCUUGAAGCCCAACUGUCCGACGUUGAGUCUAGCGGCACUGUCGUUGUCUACGUCCCUGGAUCCACGGGUGAAAUUCAGAACAUCCAAAAGACUGCCGAGAAGUCUUGUUUCGAGCUCCUCUCCAUAGUCAAGCUUAUCGCAGGCAAAAACCUCCCAGUCAAGAUCUUCACCAUCACAUCAGGGGCUCUCCGCGGUGAAACAACAGCAGCGCUCUCCUUUUCUCCUCUCAUAGGACUAAGCCGCAUCAUCGCAUCCGAACAGCCAGACAUCUGGGGCGCAUUGAUCGACGCCGAUUCCCCCACCUUUCCCUUCCAAGCAGUACGAUACAUUUCCAGCGCAGACGUGAUUCGCAUUGAAGACUCUGUUGCAAAGGUAGCCAGACUUCGACCACUUGCAAAGACGAUAGCUCGUGCCUCUCAAGGAUUUACCCCCAGGCCAGAAGGCACGUAUCUCAUCUCCGGUGGGCUUGGAUCUCUUGGUCUGGAAGUCGCCACACAUUUGGCUGAGCAGGGAGCUCGACGAAUUGUCCUGCUGUCUAGACGUUCUCUGCCUCCUCGGAAAGACUGGGAUACUUUGACUGGGACACUGGGCGAUGUAGUCUUGAAGAUCAAAGCCCUAGAAGAAGUGGGAGCAAGUGUCCACGUUCUAGCAAUCGACAUCAGUUCCCCAGCCGCCAACUCCGAACUCGCUGCAAAACUCGACGUGCUAAACCUCCCACCAGUUCGAGGCGUCGUCCACGCGGCCGGUAUCGUCGAAGACCAACUCGUGCUCUCCACUACUGAGAAAUCAUUCUCUCGAGUUCUCGCUCCAAAGAUCGAUGGUGCGCUCGCACUGCACACACUCUUCCCACCCAAGACCUCCGGACUUGAUUUCUUCAUCCUAUUCUCCUCCUGCGGUCAGCUCUUCGGGUUCCCAGGACAAGCAUCCUACGCCUCUGGUAAUGCGUUCCUAGAUUCUCUCGCUGAGCAUCGUCGUCUUCAGGGCGACAAUGCGGUUGCAUUCCAGUGGACUAGUUGGAAGGGCGUGGGUGGGAUGGGCGAUAAUGAGUUUGUCGAGGCCGAGGUCGAGAGCCGUGGCUUCACGAGUGUGAGUCGGGAAGAAGCGUUUGCUGCUUGGGACGAGGUUGCAAAGAGGGACGUAAGUCAGGCGGUGGUGCUGAGGAGUCGGGUUCUGGAAGCACAUGAGCCACUGCCGUGCGUGAUUCUGGAGGAUAUUGCCAUCAGAAAGACAUCUGCGAAUACAUCACUUGCGCAGAACUCGACUGCCGAGGCAGAUAAUUCCAUGGCUGCGGGGGCAUCAUCCGUUCCCAAAGGUCCGGAACGGAUUCUAUUUCUCACGGAGAAGAUUUCUGGAUGUGUUGCUGCGGUUCUGCAACUUGCAAGUGCUGAAGAUGUGGAUCCAAAGGCUGCACUGGCAGAUCUGGGAAUGGAUUCUGUGAUGACAGUUGCUUUUAGGAAGAUCCUCCAGCAAGAGUUGAAGGUCAAGGUUCCACCGACUCUGGUAUGGGGACAUCCCACUGUUAGUCAUUUGGUGAAAUGGUUUGAUGGACAGAUUGCAUGA